UCACCUAAAAACACGAGGAAACUUCCCAAUUGAUUUUGCCUACAGAUUUAUUCAGAGCUUGAAAUGGAGCGAAGCAAGUUAGUUAAUACUAAUGCCAGUGUUUUCCACCUGACUGCGGGGGCAGGUUCAUGUUCAUAUUUGUGUGGGCCACCUAAGCCUUUAACUCCUCUAAUCUAAACAAGAUUUCUCAAGAUACCAUCUUCCUCCUCCGCAUGUGUAGGAGGAAAGGCCUUGGCCCCAUGGGCAAUCCCUGGACUGCUGACGCCAAAGAGAUGAGGAAUCACUUCUGAGUCUCAACAGGUAGGAACAAAAAAUCACCUGACCAAGGCUAAACAGAUUAAAGGGAUUUGUGAGCAGCACUAUUUAAAUAACAGAGAGAACAGUCAUGGGCUGAGCGCUGGUACAGAUGUUCAGAGAGUUAAAGAAGGAGAAAGAUUUGCACCUGAGGUUCAACAGAGCUUCAAAGGCGUCAGUAUUGCAACCAGCAGAGGAUGCAGCUGGUUGUCAUGGCAGCAGUGCUGGCAAUAGCGGGGGCGGGGCAGAGCUGCAGCUCCAGAUGUCGUCCAGCCAACGUCAGCAUCCCCGUGCAGAGCUGUGGCAACACCGAGUAUAUCUACACCACUAUGUGUGCAGGACAGUGCUACCACGAGGACCCAAACUACGUCCAUGGCAUGGAUAGACAGAUGAUCUGUAACGGGGACUGGACCUAUGAAGUGAAACGCAUUAAUGGAUGUCCACAGGCAGUGACCUACCCUGUGGCCAGAAACUGCCACUGUACUUCAUGUAAUCAAGACAACACUCACUGUGGCCGCUUUCCUGGAGAGAUUACCAGCUGUCUGGCCUUUUAAAAAGAAAACAAACAAAAAAAACAGUGUACAUUCUUAUAUUUCCCUGU